AGUUUCGUUACUUGGACGCGUCGCGUCGAUGGCGCUUCGCUGGGUUUCUGGAACAGUGCUAGGACUAGUGGGCGGAGCUCUUGCCCAGGGCUGGGUGGGAGACACCGCGCGUCGCCGAUACUCGGACGCCGUCGCCGCGACCGGCACACGAGAGCCCCCGUUCGCAAGAGGACUCGUGGCGGACCCCGACGAAGAGGACUGCGACGCGACGACGUCGCGCGCCGCGCGCGUUCCAAGAACGGGCGGGUACAGCGCCAGGCGAGCUCACGACACGCACAAACGGGCUCCCCAUCUGCGCGUUUGGACACGGGGGUUGGGCAAGAGAGUGGUCGAAGCAGUUUUCAGUGCCAGCGCCGCCUGCUGCGCGACCGGGCAACGUAGCCCGACGGGCCGGCAGCCCACAGACAAGAGUGGAGGCAGCCCCAGACACAAUCAACGAUGGGCGCCGGCGCCACGACCCUCGCCGAGACGCCCAAGCCCGACCUCGAGCUGUCCCAGUCCGACUCGCUCAGCACUUUUGAUAGUCUGGCCCAAUCCUCAACUCUGGACCGGUCGAUGUCGAUGAAGCAGUCCUGGCACGCGUCCUACAUGCAGCGGAGCCGCUCCGCGAAAAUAAAUGAAAAUGAUAUGCCGCACAAGCUCGCCAUCAGCUUCGGUGGGAGCGGCCGCACUUUGCUAGAGGACGACGACGACUGGAUCGCCGUCGAAGAGACGCACGACUUUAAGGAUGAUGAGAAGUGGGAGCGCCCGAAGCUGCGGAAGGGGCGGUUGGACGAGAGUUAUCGAUUGACCGAGUCCGGCACGAUCUUGUUGCGAGAAACGACCAAGAUCACUUCUACUGGAUUUAACGAUGAGGAUGUGUCUGUGGUGGACCGAUGCGUGUUGCUCGGGCCGUUAGGUGCGGGUGGCGGUGGUCGUGUGCAUAAAGCCCUGGAUCUCGUUGGUAGGCGAUUAGUUGCUGUGAAGGCGAUCCCGGUGCACAACCAGCAGAAAAGACGACAAUUAGUAGCGGAGCUCAAGGCUCUGCGAUCGACGUCGACCGAUGACGAGACGCACGUCAUACGAAUCUUGGAUUGCUACGCGCACGCGCCGUCGGACGCCGCGUGGUUAGUUGUUGAGUAUGCCGAUGGUGGAAGUGUACAGGACUUUGUCGAAAGGGGAGGUACGUCCGAUGAAAAGGCAAUAGCCUGUCUCGGGAGGCAGGUCGCGACCGGUCUCAAGCACGUGCAUGGCAAGGGCUACGCGCACCGGGACGUCAAGCCGUCGAAUAUUUUAUUGGAUCGAUCUGGUGUUGCGAAACUCGCGGAUUUUGGCAUCGCGUCGAAGUGCGACGACGAUGCCUCGACGCGCACUUUUGUGGGGACGGCCCAGUACAUGUCGCCGGAACGGAUCCGGGGCGACGCUUAUACCACUGCCGCUGAUGUGUGGGGCCUCGGCGUGUCUUUAUUAGCUGUCGUGCGGGGCAGCGCGCCGUUUGGCAGUCAAGAGAAGAAUAAUGAGGACGCGGAGUACUGGCGGCUCGUGGGCGAGGUCGUCGAGGCGCCCGCUCCAUCACUCCCGGCGGACUGGUCCGCGCCUGCCAGAAGUUGUUUGGAGGCGUGUCUCGCGAAGGACGCCGUUGAACGGCCGACGGCGGAUGAGUUACUCGUGAUGGACUUUUUGGCGGCGGCGCCGGCGCCAUCUUCUCAGUAUUUCUUUGCUGGUCAAGCGCCGCGCGACGGGCGCAACGAGUUGAAUGUCUGCCUGGACGCCGUCGCGGACCACCUCGCGGAGCGGCGCGCGGCCGGCGUCGCCCGUGCUCUCUUCGCCGCUGGUGGGUUCCAGGAGCUCGCGCGGCAGUUCGACUUGUCAGCGGACGACGUCGAGGACGCCGUGCGAUCGAGAUUAGGACCGCGCGACGCGGCGUCGCCGCCCGAUCUUAGUAGGAGACGGCCGAGCCGCGACGACUCCGCGCGGCUGACGGCGGAGCUCGCCAAGGAGCUGGAUUCGCCUCUGCCUUUGUCACAGUGUCAGAAACUUCCUUCACCGUGAUGCGUCGAUGGCGUCACUGGGGGAGUCUUUGCCGGCGGCGUAAGUGUGUGUGCUUGUUAA